CAUUCAUCGACUCCAGGGAGGGAGGGAGGGGGUAAGAAGGCGAAAAGUUUUGGCUAAAGUUGUGGAGUUGGUGUCCGGGCAGUAGUAGGAUGGACGCGCUGAAGUCUGCGGGGAGGGCGAUCAUCAGGAGCCCCAGCAUUGCCAAGCAGACCUGGGCAGGAGGGCGGCACAAGAAGCUUCCAGAAAACUGGACCGAUACCAGGGAAACUCUGUUAGAAGGAAUGCUGUUUAAUCUGAAGUAUUUGGGCAUGACCUUGGUAGAACAACCGAAAGGGGAAGAACUAUCCGCAGCUGCAGUGAAGAGGAUUGUAGCAACAGCCAAAGCAAGUGGAAAGAAACUACAGAAGGUGCUUUUAAAAGUGACUCCCAGAGGCAUAGUCCUUUAUGAUAGUGUCACCAACAAGUUGAUUGAAAAUGUGUCCAUUUAUAGAAUAUCAUAUUGUACAGCUGAUAAGUUACAUGACAAAGUUUUCGCCUACAUUGCUCAGAGCCAACAGAAUGAAACCUUGGAAUGCCAUGCGUUUCUUUGCACAAAGCGGAAAAUGGCACAAGCAGUUACAUUAACAGUCGCACAAGCUUUUAAAGUGGCAUUUGAAUUUUGGCAAGUUUCCAGAGAUGGCAAAGAGAAAAGGGAAAAAUCUGGCUCUGAUGGUGAAGGGACAAGUAGUUCUCAGUCAGAAGGGUCAUCAAGUAUUGCUAGCCUUAAAGGAGCUACAGGUAAUCUGUUAGAUUUGGAAGAAGCCACCAAAACAUUGGAUGAGUUAAAUGCCAGUGACAAUCACUUAGAAGGUAUAUUUGGACAAGGUACACGCAACGAGAACAACAAUGUAAUGUGGGAACUCGAUGAUGGACUUGAUGAUGCAUUUUCAAGACUUGCAGAAUCUAGGACUAAUCCUCAGGUUCUUGACAUCGGAGUAAGCGAGAGUGACAUCCAACCUGACGAAUGCUUUUCCCCUACUUGGGACAGAAUGGAGCUGAACCCUGCAGAUAGCGAUGAACUGUUUAUGUUCUGACAUUGCUUAAAUUAGUCUACCAGUUUUCAGUGCAAUAGUCCCAACAAGAGCCAAUGAAAUAGCUGAAAAUGAGUGCAUAUUGACAUGGGACCAUUAUACCAAAGCUUUAACAUGAAGUCUUAUUUUCCACAGUAUAAUGGAAGAAAGAUAAUCAAUGUGAGAUAUAUAUUUACAUCAAAUGGCUUGAUGUGGCUUACUUAUUCUGGAACAACAAAAGUUAGACAACUUUAUCUAGAGAUGAACGAAGUUAGUGGUUCGAUUCGUCAUGAACUGCUCUGCUCGGCAGUUGCUGACUUUAGCCUGCAUAAAUCAGUUCAGCUUUCAGGUGCUCUGGUGGGCUGGAAAAGGUGGAUACAGUCCUAGGAGAGUCUCCAGCCCACCGG